ACCAAAUUCAUCGCCGACCCACUUUCCCUUUCCCCAAAUCAACCCGACCCAUUUGCUCAAUUUCAAAUUUAUACGACCCGUUUUGGAUAAUUCCGGGUUCUUUACUUGUGUUUUCGGGUCGAAUUCAGAAAUGUGGGUGAUCUUUAGAGACCCGAAUGUGUUGAAUUGCUUUUGUAGCAUGCAACGUUAAGGUAGAAUUCAGUUUUUGAUUGAGAAGAAAAUAUGAAGAAUCAAUUGGUGAAGAGAGAGUCGAUUGUGGCAUGCAUGAGUUGCCCUCUUUGUCACAAACUAUUCAGAGAUGCUACUACUAUUUCUGAAUGUCUUCAUACAUUUUGCAGGAAAUGCAUCUAUAAGAAGCUCUCGGAUGAAGAUUUGGAAUGCUGUCCAGUAUGCAAUAUCGACUUAGGCUGUGUGCCAUUAGAGAAAUUGAGGCCCGAUCAUAAGCUAGAAGAUGUAAGAGCAAAGAUAUUCCCUUAUAAGAGGCGAAAAGUGAAGGCGCCUGAAAUUGUGCCUUCAGUUACAUUGCCAGUUAGAAGGAAAGAGAGAUCACUUUCAUCAUUGGGCGUCAACACUCCCAGAGUAUCUACACAUACUGGAAUGACAGGAAGAAGAUCAAAAUCAGUGGCAAGAAAAGCAUUACGCAGCUCUACCUUUUCCACUGAGAAAGCUAUCAAGAAUGAGGAAGAUUCUGGAGAAGAGCCAGAUAGCUCUAGCUCACCAGACACUUUCACAAAGUCUUCUCAGAGUAAAAGGCAGAAUUAUUCCAAUGCCGAGCCUUCUAGCCAUCCCACAUCGGACAAAGGAACUGACAAUGGCACUGAACAACAAGAAGGCAAAGUUGAUUUGUGGAAACCUUUGGAUUGUUUGGUGGAAGUAGCAAACAAGAACAAAUGUUCAAGGUUUACUUCACAGGGUUCUGUUUGUAAAACAGAAAGUUUGCAUUGCCAUGACAAAGAACAUGGACAGAAAUUGAAGGUCCAAGGUGACAAAUACAGCUGUGUUCCUGUUCCUGCAGAAUCAGAAAAAACUAAAAAGUUGCGAAGAAUUCGCCGAAAAAAGGCAUCAACUUUUGGAGAAUUUAGUAUAUCACCACAAGCUGUGCUGGAUUCAAUCAGUGUCAAAUGUGAAAGGAGGACUAAUCCAAUUUGGUUCUCAUUAGUUGCCUCUGAAGACCAGGACGGAAGUGCACCUUUGCCCCAGAUUUCUGCAGGUUACUUGAGGAUAAAGGAUGGCAAUAUUCCAGUUUUGUUCAUCCAAAAGUACUUGAUGAAGAAGUUGAAUCUUUCUAGCGAAGAUGAGGUUGAGAUUAGAUAUAUGGGACAGUUGAUAGUCCCCACUCUACAACUGAAUAGUUUAGUUGAUAUGUGGCUUCAAUCUACCACAUCCGAAAGAGUUCCAGCAAUAGUUGGUUCAUCAGCUAACGAUUUCGUGAUGGUGUUGGCUUAUGCUCGCAAGGUUCCAAGCCUUAUGUCUUCUUGAACUGUUCUUUUUUGCCCCCACAUACUUGAUAAUCUGUACAACCCCAGUGCAUAAGUUGAAGUAGCAGCCCGGAACUGCUUAGUUAGCAAGUCUCGUAUUAGGAAAUGUGGUGAGCAAUUAGACGUGCAGGUUAUUUUACAGCAGCUGGCGCUGCUACUGUUACAAAUCAGAAGUAAAUUAGCAACGAGACCAUAAAGGAGAAGAGCUUAGCACUUGUGGCACUCGCGAGAUACGAUGCUUUCAAGUUGAAAUGGUGUUUCUCUAAUCUGUUGUAAGUUUGAAACACUGCACUGUACUAUUGUAGAUUGUGAAUUAGGAUUAUGCUUUCAUAUUCUUGUCUGUUUUUAGUAACAAACACAAACUUUAGGGCAGUUUUUGUGUGUUCAACUGCACCCUUCAUAAACUCUUCAACAGAUCCUUCUUUUUUCAGCGAGUAGAUCGUCUUUUCUUAAGGUUUUGUACUACUACUACUCAAGUGAUACGUGAAUUGCUCACUUUGAACUUGGCUCCGUUUGGGCAUGAUUGCUCUUUAACUUGA